GCUGAUAUAAUUACCAAGCUACUGUGAGGAGAUGAAGGUGCUCCCUGCAUCUGGCCUCGCUCUCCUCCUCAUCACGGCUUUGAACUUUUCCACUGCAGCCCCCUCCCUAUUUGCAGCCACCCCCAGGACCUCGAAGAACAACUACCGCCUCGCACAGGCAUAUCUCGACAAGUAUUACACAAGGAAAGGAGGGCACCAGGUUGGUGAGAUGGUUGCACGAGGAAGCAACUCCCUAGUGAAGAAGAUUAAGGAGCUGCAAGCAUUCUUUGGCCUCCAAGUCACGGGGAAGCUGGACCGUUCCACGAUGGAUGUGAUCAAGAGGCCUCGCUGUGGAGUUCCUGAUGUGGCGAACUACCGCCUCUUCCCAGGCGAACCCAAGUGGAAAAAAAAUACCUUGACGUACAGAAUAGCCAAAUACACAUCUUCCAUGACUUCUGCGGACGUGGACAAGGCAGUGGAGAUGGCCUUACAGGCCUGGAGUAGUGCUGUUCCUCUGAACUUUGUGAGAAUAAAUUCAGGAGAAGCAGAUAUUAUGAUAUCUUUUGAAACAGGAGAUCAUGGGGAUUCCUACCCAUUCGAUGGGCCUCGAGGGACUCUAGCCCAUGCGUUUGCACCUGGAGAAGGCCUGGGAGGAGAUACACAUUUCGACAAUGCUGAGAAGUGGACUAUGGGAACGAAUGGUUUCAAUUUGUUCACGGUUGCUGCACAUGAAUUUGGCCACGCACUGGGCCUGGCCCACUCCACAGACCCCUCGGCACUGAUGUACCCAACUUAUAAGUACCAGCAUCCCUACGGAUUUCACCUCCCCAAGGACGAUGUGAGGGGGAUCCAGGCAUUGUACGGACCUCGGAAAACAUUCCCAGGAAAGCCCACUGUGCCAAAUGUCCCCCCUCAUAAUCCGUCGAUUCCUGACGUCUGUGAUGCCACCUCAUCCUUUGACGCAGUGACAAUGCUGGGCAAGGAGCUCCUACUCUUCAAGGACCGGAUUUUCUGGCGUCGGCAGGUUCACCUGAUGGCAGGGAUCCGGCCCAGCACCAUCACCAGCUCCUUUCCCCAGCUUAUGUCCAAUGUGGAUGCAGCUUACGAAGUGGCUGAGAGGGGCACUGCUUACUUCUUUAAAGGCCCUCACUACUGGAUAACAAGAGGAUUCCAAAUGCAGGGUCCUCCUCGGACUAUUUAUGACUUUGGGUUUCCAAGGUACGUGCAGCGAAUAGAUGCUGCCGUCUAUCUCAAGGAUGCACAGAAGACCCUUUUUUUUGUGGGAGAUGAAUACUACAGCUAUGAUGAACGAAAAAUGAAAAUGGAAAAAGACUAUCCAAAAAAUACAGAAGAGGAAUUUUCAGGAGUAAAUGGACAAAUAGAUGCUGCUGUGGAAUUAAAUGGCUACAUUUACUUCUUUUCAGGACCAAAAACAUACAAGUAUGAUAUAGAGAAGGAAGAUGUGGUUAGUGUGCUGAAAUCUGGUUCCUGGAUUGGUUGCUAAAUAAUAUAGAAAGGUCUAGUCUUUCCUAAGGAAUGAAGAUGACUGCAAGUGGCUGGUACCUGGAUCUAAGGACUGAAGCAGAAAUUAGGGUAGGGAUUCUUCCUAUGGUCUUCAAUUCCAAGGGCAAUUUGGAGUUAUGCUUCUAAAUUUUUCCAUAGUUGUGAAUUCAUCAUUUUAAUCCAAAUGAGAAAUUCCUCCUAUGUGGUCAACUUCAAACAAAAUCAGAAUCAACAAAGUGUACUCCUCAGUUAGACACCCAUUAUUUUUUUCUUACCUAAUAUCCUGAAGCAAAUUGAUAACUUUGGAUUUUUUUCCAAGAAGGACCUACUUGUGGAUUCCCUAACAUGUACUAUAAUUUUUAAUAGGACAUGUAAUUACCAUACAAUUAUAAUUAUUCUUCACAAGUAGUGGCUUUUGUGACCUUAACAAUUAUUAUGAUGAAUAUAAAUUUAUCUGUCUGUACUUUAAACAUAUCACAAACAAAAUACUGUAUAAGUUUUGUUUCUCAUUGUUUAUUUAUUUGUUUGUUUAACUAUGUAUACUUACUGGUCUUUGAAGUAGGUUGUGGCAGGAAAACCUGUUCAAGUGAAUUUCCAUACUAGGCAAGAAGCACUUUGCAAGGAAAACUUUUCACAAAAGCCAAUUAAAAUGUUGUAUAAGAACAUUUGUCAUUUCUCUUUUCAGUUAAUAUUUACUAGCUUCUAUCACAUUUUCUUUGGCAACAAAUUCUGUAUCCCUAUAAAAAACUCAAACCUUGAGAUAGUAUUUCAGCAUGCAGACCCAGAAUAAAUAAUAGUGAUUCACUCUGUUUCCUGCUUCCUGACAAUAAAAUACCCUCAGUGAAACCCAUUAAAUGAGGUUCUGAUGAAAACUUUUUUAUUUAAGGGAGUUCAUCUUUUGUUUCAGUUUUUCUCAUUUCAGACUAAACCUUCUUUUUGCCCUGCAUACUCAUUGAUACAGAUAAAAUACAGCUGUCUGUCAUUUGUAUGAUAUUUUUAAAAUCUUACCUUCUAGAAUGUAAAGCUUCUAAGACAUGGUAGUAGUUCUAAAAUUAGAUGAUAAAAUACAUUUAAUGUAUUUCAUAGACUCUCUGGAACAUCUGCAGUGUUCAACAGAUGUUAGCCAUUAUCGUUAUCAUUAUUUAUUAAAUUUGUUUCAAAUACUCACUAAAUCACUUAGUAUUUUUAGUAUUAAGAAAGUAUGGAGCAGUUACUCAAGGUUACUCUAAGCUUUCCAUUUGUUUUCCAUUAUUGAAAUUGGCUAUUUACAAUCCACAUAUUGAACUGCUAAAGAAAAGUCCAGUAUGCUUGUUUUCCAGUGUCAACUACUGUAUAUGGAGUUAGAAAAGUCACUUUUGCAAAAACAGUCAGCUGAGGAGAACUCCCUAAUACCAACAAACAAGGAGAGAAAAUUGUCUGGCAACUCCUCAAAAGGCUAAACCUAGAGUUACCACAUCUAUAACCCAGCAAUUUGACUCCUAAGUGUAAAUACCUGUGAGCAACGAAAACCUACAUCCACACAAAAAUGUGCCCACAAAUAUUCAUAGCACCAUUACUCAAAAUAGCCAAAAAGGGGAAACAUGUCCAUCAAAUGAUGAACAGAUUUUUUAAUGUGGCAACUUCAUACAAUGGAACAUUAUUCAGCAAUAAAAAA